AUGCCUGCUCACUUCACCAACCCGCUCGCCCUGUCGCUGUCGGCCCUCGCCGCCGCCGCGCACCUCGCCGCCGCCUCGCCUCUCCGACCCGCCUUCGCAGCAGGAGCAGGCGCCGCUCCUCUCGAGGCUCGCUCGCCCGCCCCAGUUCCGGCGCCAGCACCUCAAGCCCUCACCGUGCCGCUCGUGCGCCGCGGUGCUGCCCUCGAGAAGCGCCGCGAUGCCGACAGCUUCCUGCGCAAGGCCCAGGGCAUGCGCAGCAAGUACGGCGCGUGGGCUCCCGGCUCGCGCGACUCGACCGCCGGCCAGCAGCAGAAGCGCCAGAAUGACGUGCCCAUGACCAGCUACCAGGACUCCGAAUGGUACGGCGAGAUCGACGUCGGCACGCCUCCUGCCGCCUUUUCGGUCGUCCUCGACACGGGUUCGGCCGACCUCAUCCUCGCCGAGACGGGCUGCAACGGCUGCUCGGCCAACACGCCGGGCUACGAGCCGUCUACCUCGUCGACCUCGGCCACGUCGCAGUCGGCCUUCUCGAUCCAGUACGGCUCGGGCUCAGCAUCAGGCACCCUCGUCCGCGACACGAUCUCGAUCGGCAACUUUACGCAGCCCGACCAGAUCUUCGCGGCGUGCGACACGCUCGAGAACAUUGUCGACGGCACCAUCAGCGGCAUCCUCGGCCUCGGCUGGACCGCGCUCGCCAGCUCGGGCGAGACGCCGCUCGUCGAGGCGCUGUGGCGCAACGGCACCCUCCCCGAGGGCGUCUUUGGCUUCGCGUUCGAGACGCACACUUUCACGACCGCCUCGUCGCCGACCGCGCCCGGCGGCACCCUCACGAUCGGCGGCGUCGACACGAGCGCCUUCUCGGGCGAGCUCAACUGGAUCAACAUCGUGCAGCCGGCGGCCUACUGGGCCAUCCCGCUCCAGGACGUUCACGUCGGUGGCCAGUCGCUCGGCCUCACCGACGCCGCCGUCGUCAUCGACACGGGCACGACGCUCAUCGGCGCGCCGCAGCGGUUCGCCGAGGCCGUCUACGCCCAGGUGCCCGGCGCGGCGUCCAUCUCGCUCCAGGGCGAGAGCGGGUACUACUCGUUCCCGUGCAGCCAGAGCGUCAACGUCAGCAUGACGUUCGGCGGCGUCGAGUACACGAUCGCCCCCGACCAGUUCAACGCCGGCGCCGUCAACUCGCGCGGCUCGCUGUGCCUCGGCGCCGUCUUUGCGCUCGAGACGAGCGCGUCGAGCACGGUCGACAUCAUCGUCGGCGACGCGUUCCUGACGGGCGUGUACUCGGCGUACCGGUUCUCGGACCCGCCCGCCGUGGGCUUUGCGACUCGCGGCAGCGGCGGCAGCGCCAACACGGGCACGACCGACUCGUCGUCGUCGGGCAGCACGGGCGCCGCGAUGACGGUGCCCGUCGGCAAGGCCGCAGGCGCGAUCGCGCUCGCCGCGUCGGUCGCCGCCCUCGUCCUCGCGUGACCGCGGUCCCCUCCUUCCCUCCUCGCCUUCUCCUUCCUUGUAGCUCUUUCCUCCCCUCUUCCUUCUCUGUCCGUCGCACGCACCAGACCCACCUACACGCCCUUGUACAUCCCCUGUCGCCUCGCCCUAGCUUUAUCGAACCUCCUUCUCGCAUCCCGCAACCACGGACGCUGCCUCGUUCUUCCUCUC